AUGGAAAAAGACUUUCAAGACAUCCAGCAGCUGGACUCUGAGGAAAAUGACCAUCAGCUCAGUGGUGGUGAGGAGCCAGGCACUCGUGAGCAGAACUGCAGGACAGAAAAUCCAUUUUGGAAAGGCAAGACAUCCUCCUUCCCGGACCUUUCCACUGCGCUCUGCUCCAGGCUCCAUCUCAGUCUGUUUGCUCUGAGCUUCAAUGUCCCGCUGCUGGUGGUCAUCUGUGUCAUUGGGUCCCAAAGCACACAGCUGCAAGUGGAACUCCGCCUGAAAGAAGCUUUUAGCAACUUCUCCUCCAGCACCCUGGCGGAGGUCCAGGCUCUGGGCUCUUAUGGAGGCAGCACAAGUGACAAGUUGACAUCCCUGGGAGCCAAACUGGAGAAAAAGCAGCAGGACCUAAAAGCAGAUCACUCUACCUUGCUCCUUCACCUGAAGCACUUCCCAGUGGAUCUGCGUACCCUGACUUGUCAGAUGGCAUUCUUUAGAAGCAAUGGUAGGGAUAGUAAAUGCUGCCCUGUUAACUGGGUGGAGCAUGGAGGCAGCUGCUACUGGUUUUCUCGAGCUGGGAUGACCUGGACUGAGGCUGACCAGUACUGCCGGCUGGGGAAUGCCCACCUGGUGGUCAUUAACUCUUGGGAGGAGCAGAAAUUCAUUGUCCAGCACACAAAUCCGUUUCAUACCUGGAUAGGUCUCAAUGACAGGAAUGGCUCCUGGAAAUGGGUGGAUGGAACUGACUAUGAUAACAGCUACAAGAACUGGGCCAUCACUCAGCCAGAUAACUGGGAGGGUCACGAGCUGGGUGGAAGUGAAGACUGUGUUGAAGUCUUGUCGAACGGCCAGUGGAAUGACAAUUUCUGCCAGCAGGUGAACCGUUGGGCGUGUGAGAUGAGACAGAAUAUCACUGGUUAG